AGUAUUACAAUUGGAUUAAAACCUGGAAUUUAUUUUGCUAAGAUGGCUCCCUCUAGUAGUUAAAUUGUCAACUAUCCGCGUGUCGUCCAUGUUCCGAAUGUGGUGUGACUUAUUUUUGUUUUGUGUUAAUUUUCAAUUAGGAUAUUAUAAAUGUGAAAUGCAAAAGCAUGUGUUAUCCCAUAUAGUGGAACCUUGCUCUGGCUGAAUGGAUCCCGCCGUCGCGUGGUAUCAGCCCGAGCAGGAAGGACCCGCGAAGCGCCUGUGGCUUCGUAUCUGGGAAACUCAAAGUGAAAUAGACAAAAUGAAUUUAAAGAACUUAGAGAACGCUAAUCCUAAUGUGAAUAAGGCCCAAGACUUUAUACCAAUAAAUGAUGUGAACGGUGAAACUAGGAAUAACAAUUAUUUCAACCCAGCCCGGAGGAAAAUGAACGACAACCGCGCAUCAACGUUUAACCUGAACAAAAAUCGCGAUGCGCUCAUAGGAGAAUUUGGAGGUUGCCCGUGGAGGGUGCCUAAUUAUACUUAUAAGCCUGGUAUUUUGGGGCUCCAUGAAGAGAUCGAACACUUCCAUGCGUACAUGAUGCCGACAGAAACGGAGCACCUCAUGAGGUCCACAGUGGUCUCCCGUAUUCGCAGCGUGAUCCUCGCGUUGUGGCCGCAGGCCCGCGUCGAGGUGUUCGGAUCCUUCCGCACUGGCCUCUACUUGCCUACCAGUGAUGUAGAUCUAGUUGUUAUUGGCCAGUGGGAGAAGCUGCCACUGUGGACUCUGGAGCGGGAACUAGUGGUUCAGGACAUUGCCGAGAAGGAGAGCAUCAAGGUGCUGGAGAAGGCCACGGUGCCAAUCGUUAAGAUGACAGACAAAUACUCUGAUGUCAAGGUGGACAUCUCAUUCAAUAUGAGUAGCGGCGUCAAGAGUGCCGAGCUCAUCAAGCAGUUCAAGGAGAAGUACCCAGUGCUGUCCCCGCUGGUGAUGGUCCUGAAGCAGUUCCUACUGCAGCGCGAUCUGAACGAGGUGUUCACGGGCGGCAUCUCGUCGUACUCGCUGAUCCUCAUGUGCAUCAGCUUCCUGCAGCUGCACCCGCGGCCGGAGCGCGUGCGCCAGUGCAACAACCUCGGCGUGCUGCUCAUAGAGUUCUUCGAGCUGUACGGCAGGAAGUUCAACUAUGUGAAGACGGCGAUCAGGGUGAAAAACGGAGGCUCCUACGUCUCCAAGGAUGAGAUACAGAAAGAAAUGAACGACGGUCACCGUCCGUCGCUGCUGUGCAUAGAGGACCCGUUGACUCCGGGCAACGACAUUGGCCGCUCCAGUUACGGAGCGCUACAAGUCAAGCAGGCGUUCGACUACGGGUACAUCAGCCUGCAGCAGGCGGUGGCGCCGCACAACGCGCUGCUGGCGCGCUGCAGCGUGCUGGGCCGCGUGGUGCGCGUGACGGACCACGUGCUGCAGUACCGGCGCUGGGUGCGCGACACCUUCCAGCCGUACUUCUUCCCGCGCGCGCCCGCGCCCGCCGCCGCCGCCGCCGCGCAGCCCACGCCCACGUGCACGCCCACGCGCACGCGCACGCCCACGCCCUCGCCCUCGCCCUCGCCCUCCGACACCGACCCCGAGUGGUCGGAUAGCGGGUCCCGCGCCGCAGGCACGCCCCCCUCCCCGUCGCUGCCGUCGACGGGCGGCGGCGGUGGUGGCGGCGGCGGCGGCGGCGGCGGCGUGUCCGGGGGCGGCGGGCCCCGCACGUCGCCGCCGCCGCUGUCGGCGCUGCAGUGCUCCUCGCCGACCCCGCGCCGCGUCUCCGCACAUCAGAGCCUCAUCAUACACCACAUCACCAGCAACUCCGACUUUAACAAUAUACCCUCAGGCGUAAUACAACGGUAUGGUGGAGGCGACAGCAAGAACCGCAACCCGCGCUCGUUCCCCAAGCAGCGGCGGUACGGGUCGCCGCCCGCGCCGCCCGUCCCCGCCGCCCCCGCCCCCGCCCACGCCCCCGCGGCCGCCCGCCGCCCGCCCGAACAGCGCCACCACAAGAAGCGGCGGCAGUACCCGCAGCCGCCGCACCCGCCGCGAUGACCGUGCGCCAACCACUACUCUCACUAGGUUAGCUAGCUGUAAGGACUAGGUACUCCAAAUAUGGACUCGAGUCGCUGACUAAGUGUCGCUACAGAACGCGAGCUACGUACAAGUGGCUCGUAGUAAGUACACGCGGCUGCACGUGACCACUCGUCGACGCUUUUAGAUAGGGUAUGGCCGUGUUAAGGAGUUAUUACACUAUCAAAUAUAAAAGAUUAUAAUGUGUAUUUAUGGAUUAUAAAUAUAGGAUAUAAUAGGAUAAUAUGUGGUCAUACUAUAUUGAAAAUGCAUCACUAGGUCAGUAAUAUAUAAAAUAAUAUAUAAAAAACCGCUUAACAAAUUUUAAUAAAAUUUUAUGAAUGUCUUAUCUUGAACUCGAGAGAUAGAUUUGUUUGUACCGAUAAGAGAGAACGUAUCCGACAGGUAGCAAAGACAAGGGGCAAAAUAAUGUAUGCUAGAUCAGCUAGUGAAAUAAAUAAUAUUUAAAAAUAAAUUAAUGGACUCAGAUUUACAUUCCUAUAUAUUUCUUGUAUAAUAUUCGGUCGAUUUGAUAUAUUUUCAGUAUACACUUUUUGUAUAAUUUUGAAUUUAUACAAUCUCUUAUACAGCUUUAGACUGAUGAAACUUCUUGUAACUUGUAUUUAUGGAUCAUAAAUAUAUAAUUAUGUAUAUUUGGUAGUGUAAUAUAUCCCUUAAGACUGGUUGGCUCUGACUCGAUUGUUCGUUCGAGAGGACUGUAUUCGCGUGUUGGUACCUACAGGUGACCACUUGUGUGCACCUUAGCUUCUGUAGUGAUUUAUAUACUGAAGUGUUGAGACACGACUGAGAUAAAACAAUUGGUAGACAGUGUUGCCUCUGUAAAAAUAAUAUCAAAAAUACCUAUCUGGUAACAUCUCUAUUUCCUGUCGGCUGUUAUGUGGUUUUCAUUAUUAUUGUUUUAAAGUUUAUUUAAAAAAAAUAGUCUACUGAUAGGUUUACGUCAGAUUUGUGUGCAUUCAAGAAUCAAAAGUUAUUUUUGUACAAGAUGUAAUAGUACCUGUACAGGUCCAGCAACUUGAGGCGAGCAUUCAUUUAUUGCUUAUUGCAAGACAGAGACGGAUCUGUUCCGCUUUUUUUUGUCUUAUAAAUGCUAAUCAGUGUUCACUCAAGCCGCUUGAUCGUCUACGCAGCCUUUUAAGCGUGGACUGGCACAAAAGUAUUCGGUUAUAAACAUGGUCCAUCAGUGUACAUUGAGCCUAAAUAGCUCGGUUAGAGAGAAUAAAGUCUAGUACACAAGAGAAUCAUAUGCUAUAUUAAGACAGAGUACUUGUUAUGUUACCUCACGCGGGCGAGGUCGCAGGGCACAGAUAAUAAAAAUAAUAAUAAUGAAAAGUACAAAUGAUGUCCAGAGAUUGAGAGUCGGUCUGUCUUCAUACUAAUGGCUUCUAAACUCCUUAACCGUUGCGUACUAAAUGAUGACCACAGUGUAGUGUUUGUUGCAAGAUGCUUACAACGUUAUCGAUGGAGUGAACACAUAAUUGGAGCCAAUAAUCACCUAUCUCGCUUACAUCCCAUAACAAAGAAAGGGAUAGUAAACACUUGUUGUAGCCGUCUGUAGUGGUGUUCGGUGUAUAUAGAUUGGAUGUAUUUGUAAAAGAAAUGUAUUUAAAUAUUUAUACGAGCUGUCUAGUACACAGUGUACAGGCUUUAUUUAAUUAAUGCUAGAUGGCGCUUUGUAGUAUACCCAUUGAUUUUUAUUAUUUCUGUCCCGCUUACACACGACAAGGAGAGACUGAUGUGUGGAGUCGAGAAAUUGUAUUCAUUGGCAUCGAUUCUGUGUUCAUGUAGUCAUGUCCUAUAUUUUGUUUGUAAGUUUCUUGAUUUGUCGACAUCGUGGUAGAAUCUGAGGCGCUAUUUUUUUUUUAUUCUAAGACUUAUUUCAGUUUGAUAUUAUAAAGGGAAUUGUUCUAAGGAGCGCGGACUAGGAACUCUCUUAUUUUUAAAAAUGAGUGUCAAUAGGCUAAUAAACUUAUUUUUAAUUUUUUAUGAAUAAGAGGGUAAAUUUAUAAUAAUUGUGUCGAAACAAUCUUGAAAGUUUUUGAUGGCCCCUGACGUGAGAGCAUUUGUACAAUGGUUUGACAAAUUUAUUAUUUGUCAACUAUCAAAAUAUAUUAAAAUUUGAAAAGCAAAAUGUGUAAUAUUUUUAAAAUUGAAAUGCGAUUCAUUCUGUUAAUAAAUCUGUUACUAUUUAGUUCGCAAGAGAGAUUUGAAAAUAAUCACGCAAAAGUAUUUAAUUGAAAAUUGACAAAUAAUACAGACAUUGUCCGAUACCGUUAUGAAUGUUUUUAAUAUAAUUUAUUAAUUUUUCAAUAUAUUGUACAGUUUAGAAAUAUCCCAGUGCGAUCGCGUCCGAUUCUACCUUGUACUCGUGUCCAACAUGUAUGUACAUACACACGAACACCACACACUUAUACACUGUGUCAUAUCUCUACAAUGAAUGAAUUGUUAACGCAACAACCGAUGCGGUAUUACGCAUCGUUUCAUUGGAAAUAUCCAGUGAGAACACGACGGGAGGUGACAUGGUGAUACGGCACACUAUCAAUAUGGGACCUUAUAGCUUGCUUCGUGUUUUUAAAAAGGCAAAUUUCCAAGGUAUUUCGUAUACCGCAUUUAUUAUACAAAUUUUAAUUGACACCCGAAUGAACUAUGUUACAAAACGGAAAUGGUUUUAUAUGCAUGAAAUAUAUCUCUUGUAUUUGUCUCACGUUAUAGACACUGUACCACACUGUAAGGAGUAACCAGUAGUCCGACGCUUAUGGCUUGUCCCGAAUAAUUGUAAGGCAAUUCGGGACAUAUUGCAAUAUAUUGUUGUGUCGGACGACUGGUAGAUAAGAGACUGUGAUACUACUGUGCUAUUUAUUUGUGAACGUGAUAAAUGUUUUGGUCUCUUUCCAUCAAGUCGAGAAGUUAAUUCGAUGGAACGAGACGAAAGACUUAUUACGUUUCUAUGAAUAAAGAUUGUCGGCUUUUAUUGUAUGUGUCGUGCUCAAUUCAGGCCUGGCCAUUGAACUGAGUCCAAGAGAUGGUAUUGAUAAUUUCGACUAUUUAACCUGUAAGCCACUGAGGGUUGUUUGGCCAAAAGAAAUUGUAAAAUGUAUCUCUUAUUUGUAAAGAUAUAUAGUGAGAAUAAUAUAUAAAUACGUAGUUUAGAUUAUAUAGCGACGGUUAGCGACCGAUAUCUCCUUACACACGUUUAUAUAGAAGUUGCAAAAAAUUUUCCUAAUUUUAAAUUACUUUUUUUUUUUGGUUUCAUCAUAUAACUUUGUAGUCCUCAGGAAUAGCAACGCAUGACUAUAUCCUGGGCAUUGCCCUCAGGAAUAGCAUUGCAUGAUUGUAUCCUGGGCAUUGCCCUCAGGAAUAGCAUCGCAUGACUAUAUCCUGGGCAUUGCCCUCAGGAAUAGCCUCGCAUGACUAUAUCCUGGGCAUAGCAUGACUAUAUCCUGGGCAUCGCAUGACUAUAUCCUGGGCAUCGAAUGACUAUAUCUAUACUGUCUAUGGUACUGUUCAUGAUUACAGGCGACGGUUGCCACUUACCAAUAGGUGGACCGUCAGCUUAUUUGCCAUUCUGAGUACUUGAAAAAAAAAGAAGUAUUUAAAUUUGGAAUGUUUUCUGUCUCAUGUAAAAUAUUGUCCGUUUUAGCGAGGGUGAUACAUUAUUAAGGAAAUAUUCGUGGCUAACCAUGGAUAGGUCCCGUGCUGCGCGCACGCCGUGAGGGUGUACUAGUUCGAGCGGAGGCGGACACCAUACAUUGUGUAUGAUAGAGGUUAACUGGUGCUUGUAGACGUAAUAUCCAUUUUGGCACAUUGCAUCCGUGGGCGCAUGCAACGCGUCUGAGUCGACUUUGGCAAUGUAUUGUAAAACAGGAGUUUCUUGCAGGCGUUUGUGAUUAAUAAAUUGCUGGACUCCAUUUAAUGUAAUUGUCUGUAGCUAGUCAUCGGCAGCUGUAUUUUGUAUAAUUAUUUAUUUUAUUAUUUUAUUAGCUAAUAAUCGCAUUCGGCUUAGUAUAUUAGAAUGAGAUUUUUUUUUCUAACAUCACAAUUGUGUUCUCAGUUCGAUUUGUCACCAAAUGAGCGUUUUAUAAUGCCGUAGCACAGCGCGGCACGUCACGGCACGAUUUUAUGCUGACGGUGUAUUGGGAAAGAGGUACGUAAUAUAUUAUUAUGAAUGCGUCUUUAUAUUUUCGUGCACUAUCGUAUUCAUUAGUACGUUAUGCUCGUCUGUUAUAUCGUGCCGUGCCGUGUCGUACCGUGCCAUGCCGUGGAUAUGAUAAUUGAUCGAAUUCUGUAACUGUACCUAUGUACGUACACGACGUUACAACGGCAAAGUGCUCGGCAAAAAAUUACAGUGUUUUUGAACCUAUUGUAAUUAUUCGUGUAUUUGGUGACCAUUUUGUGAGUCGAUUUGAACACAUCUUUAGAGUGAAAUGAAAUAAUAUUAAUAAUUAUUUAUUGGAACUUAGAUAAUGUGAGCUCCUGAUGGUAGUGACAUAUACAGUAGGUAUAUGCAAGUUUUGCAGCAAUGUGCCGAAUAAUGUAGUCACAAAACCUUACCGAAACGUCGUCGACACCUCCAGUAUAAUAUGACCGGUAUAUAGUGAACUGCACGUGUGAAAGAACAGAAAUAUCAACAUACUGCUCGUAUUAUACAUGUAUCUAAUAUUCAAUUAAUAACUAAACGGCGUUUUGGUUGUAUUUCUUUAUUCUGACAUGAAAUUGUAGAACAAAACAAUACAUGAUGCAUAUUUUGUAUGCAUAAUUAUAUAGCGGGUGUUAUGUAGUGAAAAAGUAUUGCUAAAGUUAUCCACAAUAGGCAGUCCUCUUCAGGGCGUACAGUACGAUUUGUGGCUUCGGGCGUGGGUUAAUAAAAAACCUCUAAAUAUUGUAACUUGACGGCAAAAACUGAGACGAAACUCUUUACACAGGCGGAAUUUGAAAUUGUUUGCAUUUUUAAAAAGUAUUCUACGAGUGAGGCUAAACUUUUGCUAAAUGGAACAUGGAUUUAAAUGUAGAGGAUUAAUUUAAUUCUUCGAUGUUAGACAAUUGGUCGCGACCUUUUACUGUAGCUGGGUUUUCAAAUUUGUGGUAUUUCAAACCAUAUAAUUUUGUGUAGAAUAUUUAGAACUGAUAGCACGCUAACGAUUUCGAAUUCAGCCUGUACUGUCUCGUUUAUUUAUUUAUUUAUUUUUUUUUGAUAAAAUCGCUUUUAAAUAGUUGAAAGAUGUCACUGUAAUAUAAUUACAGUUUACAAGUAUUAUUCACAUACAAAAAGUAUGAACGUUUACGACGCUAAAUCAUUCGAUUUAUAGAAGGUAAGCAGCAGCCGAACAAACAGUAGGCUGACUUGGUAUCGAACGGGGAACAAGUUUACAUCGCAUUGGAUACAUGUGAGUUUGACGGUACAUUGUACAAUUUUGGUGUCUUUAUUUGAUGUCCAUUCGAUGUGAUUGCGAUUUGAAAGCAAUUCGAUUGUAUUAUCGAUUGUUAUUGUAUAUUCAUUCGGAUAAAAAUACUGUUAAGUACUGAACACUGUCCAAUUUUUUUUUUAGCCAAGGUAUAGUAAAGACUUACGAACGGUAUACAAUUAUGCCGGGAAAUCUAUCGGAAUUCACAAAAUUAAAAAAAAAGUGAGUUAAGUAAAAACAAAUUAGAAUAAAAGAAAAACAAUAUUAAAUUAAAUAAAAGCAAAAAAAAAAGAACUAUUAAAUUAAGUUUUAAUUCAGUUCUUAUAUUGUAUAUUUAAAUACAUAAAUUUAAAUAAUUAAAUUUACAUUAUGUAAAGAAAAAAAUCUUUAAAAGUUUGGGAAAAUCCCUAACGAGUUUUUCCCAAACUAUUCGACCACAAGCUGUAUUUGUAAAAAUUGUAAGGAUAGACUGCACUCUUAUCUGCCGACCCCGCAAGGGAGUUGUUUUAAAGAUGGCGAUCAGUCUGAUAUGUUAUUAGUAAUUACUAAUAUUUAUAAAAAGAGAAAUCCUGACUGACUUCUGACAGAGCGCCUUGGAAGUAUAAAGUAUCUAUUAAAAAUAAAAAUAUUAUAAUCAAUCUGCAAUAAUUAAAGCUAUCGCAUAAUAUACAUACGCAAUAAACUAGGUACAGUCAAGUUGACAGCCUCCUUAUUUGAAGGUGGUAAUAAUAUAAAAAAAAUAAAAAAAUAAAUGUAAAGUAUAUAUUUAUUAAUUUAUUUGGAAAAAAAAACUUGUAAUCGCAUGUAUGUAGACAGGUGACAAACGGUUUUAUUCCAAAAAUGAUACGACUUCAAUUUUAAUGUUUUGACCGUAUAGGUCAAUGUAUAAAAAAAAAAUUGUUGUGGCGCGAAAAUGUAACAAAAAGAAUUCCACUUCGAAAUUCAAAUAUAAAAAGAAUACAAGUGACUUUUCCGUUAUAUAUAUAGAAAGAGGAUGUGAGGUACAAUUCUUAAUCUAUGGUUACGGACGAUCUAUCACGUAUGACGUCAAAUUUCAUGCGUCAUAAAAUUUAUAUCCAGCAACAAUAACGUUAGUCCCAUUUCCACCAUUGUUACUGUACCAUAUUUGAUUAAUUAUAGAAUCGUUUGACUCGCCUACUCCCACAUAAACCCUACAUAGAACGCGUCUAGAAGGAUAAACCAUUAUAUUUUAUGGUUAAGUAAUUCAUACGGAUAAUGAUUAAACAUAUUUAUUUUGAAAUAAAUUUAAUUGAAUAGACUUAUACAUGCCUUAAUAAUAAAUGUUCUAAUCUGGAGACUAGUCUCCCCAUAAGAGGAGAAAAUAGUAUAGUUAUGGAGCAUCCAUUAUCCACGCUAGAUGUGUUAGUAUAGGUAAUCCCUUUAUCUCUUUUGCACUUGUACUGCGCUUUUUUUCUGUAGCUCCCUUACUAUGUAAAUCUAUGACUGCUUGGGGAUGUCAGCACACUGGUUAUACGAGCUACCUUAGAUUAUGUAGAUACGAGUGUCUCCAUACAAAUACGACAGAAGAGAUUAAAAAAAUAAAAAAACGAUACAAAAUUCUUACGAAUAUAUUUGAAAGAAUAAGAUAAACAAUGUUUACUUUAACGGAAUAUUUUAAUUUAAAUUUGAGUAAUGACGUAAAAUGUUUUAAUUAUUAAAUCGCCAAAAAAGGCCGCUAUUUUAUUUAUUUAUUUAGUUUAUAUAUUAUAUUUUAAUUAAUACAUAUAUAUUAACUUAUAAACAACACGUACAUAUGGUGUAUUUGUAUUGUAUUAGAUAAAAUAGUUCUAAAUUCAUAUUUAAAAAUCGAACAGUGGGUUUACUCUAGACAUAAAUUCUAAUGAAUCGAUAUUGAAAUUAAGACUUCGCACUCUGGCAUUGCAACACUAGCGACGUACUGAUAGAUCUAUAUUAUGUAACUUGCUAAUGCAAAUUAUUGUAAACCGAUAUUAAUUAUAACUUAAUUCCUGGCAGUUUCAUGAAUAGUAGUAUAAAUUUGUUAUUGGAAGUAGAUUGGAUUGAUAUUACAUUUAAGAGAGGACUUGCUGAUCUGGGACAUUUUUAAUCCCAAUUACUUGAAGUACUGAAGUUUUUUUUUUUUAAAUAAAAAAGUGACUAAAUUUUGGCACGUUUUUGAUACUCUAUGCUCUAUCUACAUAAUCUAAGGUAUAUUGCUACUCUGUGACCAAUUAGCACGUUUAAAGUAAAACCUAAGAAAUGGCGGGAAAAUAAGGGAUCGCUUGUUUGGUCGAACCACAGAGUAUUUAAAAAAUGGUCUAGUUCAGUUAUAGAAAUAUGAAGCGACAAAAUGAAUAUUUGUAUAAUUGUAUUAUGAUACCUUUAAUACUGGAUCGAACAUGUGAACGCGCGGUUGGUAUGGAAGUUUAAAAAUAUUGUAGAAAAUGGUAGACUUGCAAUACGUGUGGUAAUGGUAUGGAACAAGUAAUAAGAUAUGUGCCUUCAAUUGGAUGAGUUGCCCCAAGCGUGCUCUCUUAUGGAAACUUAACAUUAUAAUCUAUGUCAGUUGAAUUACAUGGUGUUAUGUAGGUCACCAUUAGCAUCGUUCUAAAGCAGUAUUUUAAUGGUGAACUUAAACAUUUUUCCCUUAAAGUAACAUGCGUCGAAAAACGACGAAAUUUUUAAAUCCCCCAUAAAACUGCGUUUUUUUUUAAUGUAACUUACAAGGUUACAGUGUACACUGUAUUGCCUAUAAUAACGUUACCUUUCCUGACGUCUAAGGUGUUACGCCCCUGUACCCUGUAAUUUUACUUACUGUUUUAGUUUAAUUUAAAUGACUGCUUAAUUAAAUUUUACUGCUAUAUGCCACCCUUCCAACCGAAACACAUCUAUGUAAGCACAGCUACUUCCAGGUAAAAACACGAAUGGGACAGAGGUACCCAGACGAAUUUUGUACAAAGUCUCCCUCUGUUAGAGUCCAGUAUAAUUAGUAUCGUAGACUUAUUUUUGUCAUGUUUCUUUGGGAAAAAUGUCCAGUACCACUGUUACAGUGCUAUAAAAAUGCUAAUGAGUUAUAACUCUGUUACUUAAUCCAUUCUGACAAGAGUCCUACAGCUGUCACUCGAGUUAGGUAUCAAUAGACUAAACGGCAACGUUGUGAUUAUGUAAUGUACGUUGUGAGUCCUGUCAAACUGUAUUUUAUUAAUUAAGCCGUGUACAUGACUGUCUUUGCCAUAGAUAUAAGUUUAAGUAUCUUUAGAGAAAAUAAAGUUUCAAUGACAUUAUAUAAUUAAAGUCUCGCGAACAAACGUACUAAAAAAAAAAAAAAAUUAAAGUCUCGCAGGCAGCGUGGUCUCCGACCUUAGCCUGUUCCAAAACGGAACAAACGUACUAAAAAAAAAUUAAAGUCACGCAUUAUGGUUCUUAAGUUGUCCGAGGCAGUUGUUGGUUCAGAGAUGCUUUCAAUACAGUUUGGAAGUGGAUUAAUAGUAUUUUCAUUAUAUUAAGAGUGGCAAAUAAGCUGACGUCUCAUUUGGUGGAAAGUGUCAAUGGAGCGACACAGUAUAUUCUGUGACAUCCUUUGUCACGUAUUAGAGACGAUAGUUUCUGGUGAGUCACUUAACUACCAACAGUAACUUAAUAAGUAAUAACAUUAUAAAUAUGAAAGUUUUACGUUAAAAUAGACAGUUGAUUUUCAUUAUUUUAAAUUCCGACGGAGUAUAUUUUUGCUAAUAAUUACAAAGUACAAAUUUUGAAGACCGUUUCAUAACAGUUACAGAAAUUGAGACGCAUCUUUGGAUCAAUAACCUGCCUUAAUAUAAUUCAUAUAUGACCGCCAUCUUGUAGAAGGUGCCCAUGCGUUGCUUGUAAAUAUUUUAGAAAUAGAAAAUUUCUAUUGUUUUUACUAAACAAUGUGUCAACCGAAAUAAUGACCUUACGUUCUAAGUAUUUAUUGUAAGAAGUACACUCGACGACACGAAUUCUGUCACUGUGUAGGUAUGUAAAAAAAUUAAAAAAAAAAAACUAUUAUAUAAAAUUAUAAACUGUAUAUUGUAUACAAAAAAUAUGCAUUUAGCUAUAAUUAGGUCAUAUAAUAUGGGACGGCUGUGUUGUUGGGUGUACGUUGUUCGUUGCGUGUACUAGAGUAUAUUGUUAGCUAUUGUUAUUGUACAUAAUAUUGUACAUAUGCACUUGUACAGAACCGUGUAAAUAUCGUACCAGAUAUAUAUAUAUUUAAUAAUAUUAUAAAUUUGAUCUAAAAACAGUUUUAAAAUAAAAAUUAAUAAAAAAAAAACACCAAAAAAAGAUAAAAUAAAGCGAUGGCUUGAUAUAGCAA